AGCCUGAAUCAGAAACCGGAUGUGUCUUGUUGCUCCGGCGAAACACGGGAAAUGGCCACCGGCACAGACCAAGCGGUGGGAUUUGGCCUCGUCGCCGUUAGCCUGAUCAUCUUCACCUACUACACCACUUGGGUGAUUCUUUUGCCAUUCAUUGACAGCCAGCAUGUCAUCCACAAGUACUUCCUGCCCCGCGCCUAUGCUGUCCUCAUCCCAUUGGUUGCAGGCCUCCUGCUGCUCCUAUUUGUGGGAUUGUUUAUCACAUACGUGAUGCUGAAGAGCCAGAGGGUGACCAAGAAGGUUCAGUGAAGGUCCAGCACAGAUGAGGCUGCCAGAGCCUUUUCCGUAUCUCCUCCAGGGAAGGGACCAAAGGUCACAGCCUGCAGGACAGUCACCUGGCUGCACUGUGGCCUUCUCUGGAAUGUGGGGUUGCUUACGACUCAGCUCUGACAAAGCGGGCCCUCUCUCUCUUGUUCAUCCUUUCCAAGCCGAGAGGAAGGUGGAUUGGGAAGCCUCGCUCACUCCCUUCUGGGCUCAGGGGCUAAACAUUGCUGGCUUCUGUCCACCUCAGAGUCAAAGCUCCCUGCCUCUCCCACAGAGUCUUUCUCUCUUUCCUCAGUUUUCCUCCUGUCAUGUGCUGAAAGACUUAGGUUCCACCGCUGUGUGCAGCCUCCCCGCCUCUCUAUACAAAUCCUGUCCCUUUGCAAGGCAGCUCUUCCGAGUCUGACACUGCCCGGGCUCCAUGAGGGCUUCUGGACCUAGAAAGCCCUAGGGAAAGACUGACAAACCCGAGAAACACAGGGACACAUCCAGGCAGCCACACCAAAGCCCAGCUGGCCUGUUGGGGAAAACUUACAAAUAAAUGUUGAUCAUGCU